UCUCGCUCCCUCUCUCCCACUCCUUCUUUUCUUCUCCCACUACUUCCAAUUCCCUUUCCCCCAAAUCCCACGCCCCAUGGAACCCCCUGAACAUUUCCACCUUAAAGCCUACACCUCCACCCACUCCUCCUCCGAUCACCACCACACCGCCGCCGCUGAACACGACCUCUUCUUCGUCGAGAACCUCCUCGAUUUCUCCGACGACCACCACGCCGACGCCGACGCCGACGCCGGGUUAUUAUCCGACAAUACUAAUAAUAAUCAUCAUAAUACUAAUACUCCCAGCAGCUGCUUCCACGAUAAUGGGAACUCCGCCCAACUAACUUCCUUUCUGGACCACGUUAACUUACCCGACGCCCAUUUCUCCGCCGAACUCGCUAUUCCGUAUGAUGAUUUACUUGAAUUGGAAUGGCUUUCGAAUUUCGUAGAGGAAUGCGAGUACAUCCAAAACUUGGAAUUAAUUACCGGAGUCAAAGUCAAACCCCACGAACCCACCGCCGUGCCCCCCCGAAACGCCGCCGCUAUCUUCAACCCGGGUGUUGUUUCCGUUCCAGCGAAGGCACGUAGCAAACGUUCACGCGCCGUCGUAUCCAAUUGGAACAACUCUCUCCUUCUUCCUCUUUCUCCGACCACAUCCUCGUCUGAAUCCGACAUUAACGCUGAACCACCGCAAUUGGUCAAAAAAGCGCCGCCCAAGGCGGUGGUGACAGCGAAGAAGAAGGAUAGUCCGGAGGGUGGAGUGUCUCCUGCGGGAGAGGAGCGUAGGUGCAUGCAUUGUGCCACCGAUAAGACGCCGCAAUGGCGGACUGGCCCAAUGGGCCCAAAAACGCUAUGUAACGCUUGUGGGGUUCGGUAUAAAUCCGGCCGCUUGGUGCCGGAGUACCGCCCUGCUGCUAGUCCUACCUUUGUGCUCACGAAACACUCCAAUUCCCACCGGAAAGUUAUGGAGCUACGGCGGCAGAAGGAGAUUAUUAGAGGCCAACAACAACCGCAGCCAUUGGUUUUGGAUCAUCACCGCCAAGACCUCAUAUUUGAUGCUUCCAGCUGUGAUAAUUAUCUUAUCCAUCAACACGUAGGUCCCGAUUUCCGGCAGCUCAUCUGACCGCCGCCGCCGUUAUCGGUAGAGCUCCGCCAAUUUCAUCAAUUUGGUGUUUU